AUUGUUCUUCAUUUCAGUUUAAAUUCCAAUUGAUUCCAAAUACUAUUUUCUGAAAAACUAAAACUUCCGUUAGAUGCCAUUGAUUCCUUUUCCGGUGUGUGUCUUAUAAACAAGUUCUUCAAUCAUGGGUAAAAGAAACAAUAUGAUUCCUAAUGGACAUUUUCAUAAAGAUUGGCAAAGAUUUGUCAAGACAUGGUUCAAUCAACCUGCCAGAAAAUAUCGUCGUAAACAAAAUCGUGUAAAAAAAGCUCGUACUGUCGCACCAAGACCUGUAAAGCUUUUAAGACCUGUUGUUCAUUGUCCAACAUUCCGUUAUCAUACAAAAGUUAGAGCAGGUAAAGGUUUUACAUUAGAAGAAUUAAAAGCUAGUGGUUUAAAUAAAAGAUUUGCUAGGACUAUUGGAAUUGCAGUAGAUCCUAGAAGACGUAACAAAUCAGUUGAAUCUUUGCAAACAAAUGCUCAAAGAUUGAAAGAAUAUAAAUCAAAAUUGAUUCUCUUCCCAUUAAAUGAAAAGAAACCUAAAAAGGGUGAUGCUAGUGAGGAGGAGAUGAAACUUGCUACUCAAGUUAAAGGAGAAAUCAUGCCAGUACGACACCAACCACCAGCUAAAGCUAAAGCACGUGUCAUUUCCGAAGAAGAAAGAAAAUUCUCUGCAUAUGUAACUCUCCGUAAAGCUAGAGCUGAUGCUAGAUUAGUAGGAAUUCGUGCGAAACGUGUAAAAGAUGCAGCAGAAAAUCCAGAUGAUGUUACUAAAGUUGGUAAAGAUAAGAAGGCUAAAAAAUAAUAUGAAAUUUA